GUUCGAGAGACAGGCGUUUCCCCAAAAGGUUACACGUUUCCCAUCCGGUGUAUUAGGUGUCUGGUGAAAAAGCUUGACUCUUGCAGUAUCAUCAGUAACUUUUAUCAAUGACGUUAUUAGUACAACUUUUUAGAUUUUGUAACAUUCCAGCGAUUGGAAUUAGCGAUGAAUGAAAUUCCCCACACAAGAGUUAUAUUAGUCAGCGUAGUUUGUUUAUUAGUAAUUGCAACUUUAAUUUAUGACAACACCAGCAAUGGAAAACUAGUAAAUAUCCAGAAGAUGUCCAAACUCUCCCCGUUAUACCAAACAGAUGUGAAUAAAUCUGAUAAAAAGAGGAAAUGUGAAGACAGAUGCUGCAAUGCAAAACGACAUUUCGUAUUCAUAAAAACUCAUAAAACUGCAAGCUCAACUAUCAAGCAUAUGUUGGAUAGAUAUAUUGCAAGGAAUAAUAUAACUACGGCAAAACCGUGGCCAGAGCCUUUCGUCGGAGGUUAUCCCGGACAUAUUAAUUUUAAAUUGGUGAAGAAGUCAGAUAAUGAACCACAUAAACAUAUUGAAGCGAUCAACGACCAUCUUCGAUUUGAUGCACAAGUUCUUAGACAGAAUAUGCCAAGUGACACUGUCUAUUUCACGAUACUUCGGGAACCAUGGGCUCAAUUUCAGUCGUCAUUUCACUAUUACAAUAAGUGGGCGGGCGAGCGAUUAAAACCAAACUGUUUGAACUUACCAAAUACACUAGUCAAGAACGGGUCUGUUAUGACGUCCACUCAAUUUUUACACCGGUGUGUAAAAGUGUUGGAUCGAAGGGUUCCUUGGUAUUUCAGAGCAAAGAAUUAUCAAGCCCAUGAUCUCGGUGUUGAUCCAUGGUUAACUGACCAACAACUGAUCAAAGAACGAAUUCAGCAGUUGGAGAGCAGCCUCGAUUUAGUUAUGAUAACUGAAUAUUUUGAUGUCUCGGUUAUUUUGCUCAAGGAUCUUUUAUGUCUAUCAUGGAACAACGUGGUGUACAAAAUUAAGAAGCACUUUACGUAUAAAACAGAGGAGUUGAGCAACAAAAAUAGAAACAUAUUUGAGCAAUGGAAUGCUUUGGACCAUGCACUCUAUCAGCAUUUUAACAAAACUUUGUGGCGAAAAGUAAGAGAGUACGGAGAAGAACGGAUGGAAAAGGACCGACAAAAAUUGAAUUAUCUUCUAAACAAGACAGUUCAAAAAACAGCAAAACAACAUCCCAAACAACAUCAACAUAUCAUAUCAAACACAUCGAUCAUAAACAUUAAGGAAAUAGCCAAAACCAUGUUUAGAUACUCCAUACCUGAAACUACAGCUGUUAAGAUUGCCAGUUAUAUGGGUGCUAAUUCUGGUGGUUGCAUGAGCACUACAUGAUGGUUGGUUGGUAUUUAAAUUGUUGACUUUUUUUACACCAUAAACUUAAAUAAAAGUUAUAAAAAACAAAAACCUAAUGGCCACAUUUGAACAAUUAGUGCUGAUCGACAAUUACCACUUCCACAAAUGUAGUUUCAUUGAACGCGUUCCACACGGCCAUCCACCGCACUAAUCUAAGACAAAGUUCUAACCUCUUUCGGUUUAAUUUUGAUCCCAAGUCAUCACUGUUGCUUCAGCAUUACUUAAGUUUUGUUUUUCACCAAUACACGAGUCAACCACCUGUCAUAAAAAGUCAUGAAUAAA